AUGGUGCCCCACCCUAAAGACGACGCUUAUCUCGCCACCGUAAUUCCGAAGCGCAUUAAGCUCUUCGAGGCCAUCCAGGCCCAACAGCGCGCUCACCUCCAGUCCCUCCCCUCCGAUCCCAUCAAGAUAACAUUGCCGGGCGGGCAGGAGAAGGAAGGAAAGAGGUGGAUAACUUCGCCGUUUGACAUUGCUAGGGAGAUUUCGAAGAGUUUGGCUUCGAAUGCUUUGAUUUCUGAGGUCAAUGGGGUUUUGUGGGACAUGAACAGGCCUUUGGAGGGCGAUUGUACGCUUAAGAUCUUCAAAUUUGAAGACGAUGUAGGACGUGAUACUUUCUGGCAUUCUAGUGCUCACAUUCUUGGACAGGCUCUUGAGGUUGAGUAUGGAUGCAAGCUCUGCAUCGGUCCGUGCACUACUAGAGGAGAGGGUUUCUAUUAUGAUGCAUUUUAUGGUGAUUUGGGCUUGAAUGAUGAACAUUUCAAGGAAAUUGUAUCAGCAGCAGAGAAGGGCGUUAAGGACAAACAGCCUUUUGAGCGUAUUGAAGUAUCAAGGGAACAGGCACUUGAGAUUUUUUCUGAUAAUCAAUUCAAGGUUGAAAUCAUCAAUGAUCUUCCGGCAGACAAAACUAUCACUGUGUAUAGAUGUGGCCCGUUGGUUGACUUGUGUCGUGGGCCCCAUAUACCAAAUACAUCCUUUGUCAAAGCUUUUGCAUGUUUGAAGGCGUCUUCAGCGUACUGGAGGGGAAAUAAAGAUCGUGAAAGUUUACAGAGAGUUUAUGGAAUAUCAUAUCCGGAUAAGAAAAGUUUGCAGCUAUAUAUCCAGAAGCUUGAAGAAGCAAAAAAAUAUGACCAUAGACUGUUGGGUACAAAGCAGGAGCUCUUUUUCUGUCACCCACUUAGUCCAGGAAGUUGGUUCUUCCUCCCUAAUGGUGCUCGUAUAUAUAAGAAACUAAUGACAUUUAUACAAAAUCAAUACAUAGAGAGAGGCUAUCACGAGGUUAUAUCACCAAACGUGUACAAUAUGCAACUUUGGGAAACAUCUGGUCAUGCUGCAAAUUACAAAGAGAAUAUGUUUGUUUUCGAGAUUGAGAAACAGGAAUUUGGAUUGAAGCCAAUGAAUUGCCCCGGCCAUUGUUUAAUGUUUCAACAUAGGGUUCGCUCUUAUAGAGAACUUCCACUUAGACUGGCUGAUUUUGGUGUUUUGCAUCGGAAUGAGGCCAGUGGUGCACUGACUGGAUUAACACGUGUACGGAGAUUCCAGCAGGAUGAUGCUCAUAUCUUUUGCAGGGAGUCCCAAGUAAAAGAUGAAGUCAAGGGUGUCUUAGAAUUCAUCCAGUAUACCUAUGAUAUAUUUGGCUUCACUUUUGAUCUGAAGUUAUCAACAAGGCCAGAAAAAUACCUUGGAGACGUGGCAACAUGGGAGAAAGCUGAGGCUGCUCUGACAGAAGCACUAAAUGAGUCCGGCAAGCCCUGGCAGUUAAAUGAAGGGGAUGGUGCAUUUUAUGGACCAAAGAUAGAUAUCAGUGUAUCUGAUGCAUUGAACAGAAAAUUUCAGUGUGCAACAUUACAGCUUGAUUUUCAGCUUCCUGCUCGCUUUGAGCUGUAUUACUCAGCAGAGGGUGAAGAAGGAAAGAGGGAGACACCGGUUAUGAUACACAGAGCUAUUUUAGGUUCUGUUGAGCGUAUGUUUGCUAUACUGUUGGAGCACUACAAAGGAAAAUGGCCCUUCUGGCUUAGUCCACGUCAGGCAAUUGUUUGCCCUGUCUCAGACAAAUCCCAACCUUAUGCUCUGGAGGUUCGGAAUCGGAUCCAUCAGGCUGGUUAUUAUGUUGAUGUUGACACAAGUGAUAGAACCAUCCAGAAAAAGGUACGAGAAGCCCAGAUGGCACAGUACAACUACAUUUUAGUUGUUGGUGAAGAGGAAGUCAAAACUGGACAGGUGAGCUUACGGGUUAGAGACAAGGGAGAUGUUACCGUAAUGAGCAUGGAAAAUCUACUUCAACAUUUCAAGGCCGAAGUUGAAGCUUUCCAUUAG